CAGGGAGUCUGGUACCGAUAGUAUACAAACUUUACCUCGCAUUUAACGGAGAACUCUGUGUUGGUGGGUUUUGAUGGUAUUUCGAUCAUGGCACGUCGUAAGUUCUGUGCAAAGAAUUCUGAUCCAAUGGACCAGUGGCUGGAGUCACAUGGAUUUUAUCGCAAGCACACAGCAAGAGAUGGAUCUUGUUUAUUUAGAGCAGUUUCAGAACAGAUUUUCUUCACACAGGCUGCUCAUAAAAUAGUCCGUAAACAUUGUACGGAUUAUAUGUUAAGACAAAGGAUGAAAUUCAGUAAGUUUGUAGACGGUUCGUUUGAUGACUAUGUGAAAAAAAUUCGAAAUGUGAAUGAAGCUGGUGGUACUUUGGAAUUGCAGGCAAUUGCAGAAUUUUACCGAGUUUUGGUGGUGGUUGUUGGGAUGUUUAAGGGGGACUAA